CGACAUUAACAGCCAACCAAUAAGAAUAGCCUAUUGCAGAUUAUUCAUUCGUGAAACGGCUUUAUAAAUUUGUAUUCUCCACUAUCACAAACAUUGUAUACUUCUCAGCGUCUUUGAGAGCUUUGUGAAAAUGUACGUGGUGGCGGUGUUCACGUUGUGCCUCGGUGCCGUUUUGGCAGCUCCGAGUUUUAAUCGGGUACUUGAUGAGCAUUGGGACCAAUGGAAGUCUUUCCACAGUAAAGAAUAUCAUCAGAAGGAAGAAGGAUGGCGGCGGAUGGUGUGGGAGAAGAACCUGCAAAAAAUUGAAAUGCACAACCUUGAGCACUCCAUGGGCAAGCAUUCCUACCGCCUGGGGAUGAAUCAUUUCGGUGACAUGACUCACGAGGAGUUCAGGCAGGUCAUGAACGGUUACCAACAGAAGGGGCAAAGGAAGUCCAAGGGAUCCCUGUUCUUGGAGCCCAACUUUAUUGAACUUCCCAAAAAGAUUGACUACAGGGAGAUGGGAUAUGUGACUCCAGUGAAGGAUCAGGGUGAGUGCGGCUCUUGCUGGGCCUUCAGUACCACCGGAGCCAUGGAGGGCCAGGUGUUCAAGAAGACGGGCAAGCUGGUGUCCCUGAGCGAACAGAACCUGGUGGACUGCUCGCGGCCCGAGGGCAACGAGGGGUGCAACGGUGGGCUCAUGGACCAGGCCUUCCAGUACAUCAAUGACAACGGUGGCCUGGACUCUGAGGAAGCCUACCCCUACCUGGGCACUGAUGAUCAGCCCUGCCAGUAUGAUCCCAAAUACAAUUCUGCCAACGACACUGGCUUUGUGGAUAUCCCCAGUGGAAAGGAGCGCGCCCUCAUGAAGGCCAUCGCUGCCGUUGGGCCUGUGUCUGUGGCCAUUGACGCUGGACACGAGUCCUUCCAGUUCUACCACUCGGGUAUUUACUAUGAAAAGGAGUGCAGCAGCACCGACCUUGACCAUGGUGUUCUGGCUGUCGGCUAUGGCUUUGAGGGUGCAGAUGUUGAUGGCAAGAAGUACUGGAUUGUCAAGAACAGUUGGAGUGAGAAGUGGGGUGAUCAAGGCUACAUCUACAUGGCCAAGGACCGGAAAAACCACUGCGGCAUUGCCACAGCUGCUAGCUACCCACUCAUGUGAAGAGGUCACCAGUCGCACCGCCACUUUUACUCCUUUAUUAUUAUUUUUUUUUAAAGGAUCGCUCCAGUGUCUCACCCGGCUGGCUUGGGAAGUUUCAGCAUGCAAGUAUACAGCAAGUUUCGGCUUUUUUACGUGGAUACACGGGAGUUGUGUUUAAAGAUGUUGAGACUGAGUGCACUAUGUAAGGGAAUAGUGGGACAUUGAGUUCUGUCCCACUACACGGGAGUUCUGUCCCACUACAGCCUUGAAGGCUGCUGCUCCAACCCUACAGGUGACUGUCAGGGUUGAUCUAUAGAAGAAACAACACUGUUCAUAGAGGGAAUUGACUUUUUUUUUUUUUUGGUUUUAUGCCGCCUUGAUUUCUAGGUUUUAUAAAUUGUUAUGUAAAUAUGUGUACUUCAUUUUGGAAGUGUCUUUUAUCUGUUUGUGUGAAGAUUUUCUUUUUAUUUCUACCUCCUAGCACGAUCAAAUAAAAGUUACUUUUCUUCAA